UAUCAUUUGUGAAUAGCAAGCUUUUCCUCUUUCCUCAAACAACGUGGGCUGUGGAUGUGGCAGUGAGGCACCGACUGUUUACGUGUCUCCUCUUUGCAGUGCAAACACAAGUGUCUCGGAGAUAGGUCUUCUAGAUCUUCACAUUGUCAGGUUUCACUGCCAUGUUUGCCAGGCUGGCCAUGUGCUCUCGCCUGCCAUCCAAAAUCCGGCAGUCUAAUGUGUGUCCAGUCUCUAUCAGAGCAUUUUCCCAGGCGAAAUUUUCCCUCCCAAGACCACAUGGGAAGUCUUUUGCCCACCGCAGUGAGUUGAAGCAGGCCAAACGUAUUGUGGUAAAAUUGGGGAGCGCCGUGGUUACACGUGGAGAUGAGUGCGGCUUGGCGCUGGGACGGCUGGCCUCAAUAGUAGAGCAGGUGGCCAUGUUGCAGAAUCAAGGCAGGGAGAUGAUGAUCGUUACAAGUGGUGCUGUGGCGUUUGGGAAGCAGCGACUGAGACAUGAGAUAUUGUUGUCUCAGAGUGUCAGGCAGGCCUUACACUCUGGACAAAACCAACUCAAAGACAUGGUGAAAUCUACUAUUCAGUCAGUUCCAGUUUUGGAGGCACGAGCUUGUGCAGCUGCUGGACAGAGUGGUCUGAUGGCACUGUAUGAAGCUAUGUUCACCCAAUACAGCAUCUGCACCGCACAAAUUCUUGUCACCAACCUGGAUUUUCAUGAUGAGCAGAAACGACGCAACCUAAACAGCACGCUGCAUGAACUGCUGCGGAUGAACAUUGUUCCUAUCAUCAACACCAAUGAUGCAGUUGUUCCGCCCCCUGUUCCCAACAGUGACCUACAGGGGGUAAAUGUGAUAAGCAUCAAAGAUAAUGACAGCUUAGCUGCACGGUUGGCUGUUGAAAUGAAGGCUGACCUUCUUAUUGCCCUGUCUGAUGUUCAAGGCUUAUAUGACAGUCCUCCAGGAACAGAUGAUGCCAAGCUCAUUGAUAUAUUUUAUCCUGGAGACCAGCAGUCGAUCACAUAUGGCACCAAGUCCAGAGUUGGCAUUGGUGGCAUGGAAGCCAAGGUGAAAGCAGCCCUUUGGGCACUGCAGGGUGGGACCUCUGUCAUCAUUGCUAACGGCACAGAUCCUAAAGUGACAGGCCACGUCAUCACCGACAUUGUGGAAGGGAAGAAAAUUGGCACCUUUUUCUCUGAAGUGAAACCUGCAGGUCCAACGGUGGAGCAGCAGACCGAGAUGGCCCGGCAUGCAGGCAGGACUCUGGCUUCUCUGCUCCCUGAGCAGAGAGGAGAGAUCAUCUGCUGCUUGGCUGAGCUGCUUACGGAGAAGAAAGAUGAGAUACUCAGUGCCAACAGGAAAGACAUGGAGUUUGCAGCAGGCCGUUUGUCCCAGCCCAUGACCAAUCGCUUGAGUCUAUCAACUGCUAAGCUGAACAGCCUCGCCAUCGGCCUGCGUCAGCUUGCCGUUUCCUCCAGGGAUAGCGUGGGUCGAGUGCUGAGGAGGACCAGAGUGGCUAACAAUCUAGAGCUGGAACAAAUCACAGUCCCCAUCGGUGUCCUGCUGGUCAUUUUUGAGUCGCGUCCUGAUUGCCUCCCACAGGUCUCAGCACUAGCAAUCGCCAGUGGAAAUGCUUUGCUGCUGAAGGGUGGUAAAGAAGCAUCCAACACCAAUAAAAUUCUGCAUCAGCUCACUCAGGAAGCACUUGCAAUUCACGGGGUGACGGAUGCCAUUCAGCUGGUGAGCACACGUGAGGAAGUUGAGGAUCUGUGCAGACUGGACAAGAUGAUUGACUUGAUCAUUCCAAGAGGCUCAUCUCAGCUGGUCCGAAACAUCCAAAGGGCAGCUAAGGGGAUUCCUGUGUUGGGCCACAGUGAAGGCGUCUGCCACGUCUUUAUAGACAGCGAAGCAAGCAUAGACAAAGCUAUUGAAGUUGUCAGGGAUUCGAAGUGUGACUACCCUGCAGCAUGCAAUGCCAUGGAGACCCUCCUCAUUCACAGAGACAUGCUGCGUACUCCUCUGUUUGAUCAGAUCAUUGAUAUGCUGAGAACAGAGCAAGUAAAGAUUCAUGCAGGUCCCCGGUUUGCAUCCUAUUUAACUUUCAGCCCCUCUGAGGUGAAGUCUCUCCGCACAGAAUAUGGGGACCUAGAGUGCUGCAUUGAGGUGGUUGACAGCAUGCAUGAUGCUGUGGACCACAUCCACAAAUAUGGCAGCUCCCACACAGACGUCAUAAUUACAGAGAAUGAAGACACAGCUGAGCAGUUUUUACAGCUGGUGGACAGUGCCUGUGUUUUCUGGAACGCCAGCUCUCGCUUUGCUGACGGCUACCGCUUUGGCCUUGGAGCUGAGGUUGGCAUCAGCACAGCAAGGAUACAUGCCAGAGGUCCAGUGGGUUUGGACGGACUUCUUACUACCAAAUGGGUCCUCCGAGGGGAGGGUCACACUGUUGCUGACUUCUCUGAGCAAGGCAGUAUGAAAUACCUUCAUGAAAACAUCCCUGUGCCCCAGGGACAUUUUAAUUAGGGUACCCAAGAUGGAGUACUAUCAGGAGUCAACGCAACAGAUGUCUAGCAUUUAAACUUACUAGCUGCUGCUUCUUCACCUGUGUAAGUCCACGAUGUAGGUGCAGAAAACUUAGAUGCAGAAUAACAGCUACUUUCAUUUGACAACUUAAUUCCUUAUUUUGUGAACCUGUGUUUAAACCUGUGAAUCGGUUUUUCAGAUCCAUUCAAAUCUCCCUUAAGAAAUUGAGUGGUUGUAAGAACAACUGAUGAAUGGAAAUGAAUUGUGCUAAAACUGAAAAAUGCGAUAAUGUUGCGUCGACAAAGCUCUUUUCCCUGCAGACUUUUUUUUAUAAAAAGCAGAAAAAGUAAUCAGUGCCCCAGCUGUGAUUUUCUAAUUUAUUUUUCUACAUGCAAACUCUCCCUUGUUCUUGUAUUUUGCUGCAAGUAUUUGUGCAGGAUCUUGGUUCAGAUUUCUUUUGCUGUCCUCCUUCUUUGCACAGAUAAUUUAAUAAAUAUGAUGUACAGUU